GAGAAAGGGGAGCUUCGGCAGCAGCAGCCAGGCAUAGCGAGCAUGUAUUGCGCCCGCAUGGAUAUCAAAUCGAUAAACAGGUGCCGCAGAAGUGUCGAGAGGGUCCAUGCACCACGUUUCAAAGCAGGGCGCGACUUUACAUGGGCGCGGUAAGCAUGGCGAAGCCGCGCAGGCGCGAUGUCAUGGCAAAGAAAUCAACUCGACGAGUUAUGAACCGUCAAAAGUGCGACGCGCGUUCAUGUUCUUCUUCUGCUCGCCCUCGCGGGGACAGAUUUUCGGCCUGUCGGCUCAUUGGAAACGUUGUGCACAUACCAUGUGUACUGCACACGGCGUUGCGCGGCUCUUCGCGGGAAGGCGCGGCGCUGGGGAGCAACUGAACGCGCCGAGUCGAGCAAAAACACAUCGAAUAAUAAAAAAUGAUUAGCGCAGCGUGGAAUUUGUGCUAAGGCAGGUCCUAGCGGGAACUCGUAAUCAUCAUCUACCCUUGCUUUUAUUUUUAAACGCAAUUUUAAAACUGGUUAUACCUUCGUAAUAAGAGUUCCGAACGAAGGUAUUCUGAAUUUCAUUAGGGUGGGGCACUUUUAUAUCGAUAAGCUUACACCAUAAGAG